AUCAUUACAAGACAAAGAYCAGUCUCUGGCRGAUGCAGGCAUAAAAAAAGGCUCUAAAGUUAUGUUGCUUGGAAAGAAAUACAAUCCAGAAGAGGAUAAUAAUAUGAAAGCACUGCGAACAGRUGAACAGCAAGUGGAUGGACAUGAAAAAAAGCUAGAAUCAUACACAGAAGAACUGAAUGGAAUACAAAAUGGCUUCCUACAACAGAAUCUUGCUAAAGAAGCAGUAGUCAAAAUAUCCAAACAGAUUCUUUGUCUUCAAGAAAGUUUAAUGAAAUUACUUGAGUCUCUAGAUUCUAUGAUAUUAGGUUCUUCAACUUUAGCAAUUAAAGGCAAAAGAAAAACUAUAGUCCAGAGAAUACAGUUAAUUAUAAGCAAAGCAGAUACAGAAAUUGCUCGAUGUGAUGCAAUACGUAAAGGUGUCAAUUUGUGAUUAAUACCCACUGAUUUGUAUAUAAAAACUUUCUUUAUUGUAUUGCUAUUAGUAAAUAAACCAAAUUUUAACUGA